UCGUACGUUGUCUUAGUGCUAGUUUUGAUGUCAACGUUUUAGACCUGAGUGUCUCGCGGUGUCUUAAGUCUCAACUAAGUUCGUCAUGAGAUAAACUAGAGUGUUUGAUUAGUUAAGCUGUCGCUCUUUCGAAGACGAUCGCCCUUAUAUACAAGGCCAAAGCCCACGAGAAGACACACAGAACAUCCUGUAAUCUCCCCGGGACCUCAGAACGCUACGGAAGAAGUUCGGAGAGGGGGGCGGGGAGGAGCUGUUGGACUGCUUUUCCUGGCACGCUGUUAAGCAAAGCAUGCCCGAGGCUGUCUCAGCAGCCGGGCAGAUCGUUUUUCUCUUCUGAUUAGCGCUGCUCGCGUCGAGCACUUUCUCCUCGCCGAGCAGGUCCACGUCGGUGCCGUCACGCGGAGGCUAGUUGUGAACUUGUGCGCGCCGUGCUUACUGCAUCGAUGACUUCUAAGCCUGUCCUCUACUCCUACUUCAGGAGCUCUUGUGCCUACAGGGUUCGCAUCGCCCUGGCAUGGAAAAACGUCGACUACGAGUACAAAGCUGUCAACCUGAUCAAGGAUGGCGGCGAGCAGCACGCUGCCGAGUACGUCAAAGUGAACCCAAUGGAGCAAGUACCGGCCCUGGAACAUAAUGGCGAGACGUUCACACAGAGUCUGGCCAUCAUAGAGUACCUAGAGGAGAAAUACCCUGAGCCGAGAUUGCUGCCCAAAGAACCAGCACAACGGGCUAAGGUGCGAGCCGUUGCAGAAAUAAUUGCAUCCGGGAUUCAGCCACUGCAGAAUCUGAACGUUCUGCAGCGACUGGAUGAGUCCAAAAGAAGCGAGUGGGCUGUCCACUUUAUUACCAAAGGCUUCAAGGCUCUGGAAGCAACUGUCUCCAAGACCGCCGGCAAGUACUGUGUUGGAGAUGAAGUGACCAUUGCAGAUGCCUGCUUGGUGCCUCAAGUGUACAAUGCCAACAGGUUCAAAAUCGACAUGAGCCAAUUCCCCACGCUGUCCCGAGUUAGCACUGCUCUGGAGAGCUUGCCCGCCUUCAAGGCCGCCCAUCCCUCUUGUCAACCAGACACACCUCCGGAACUGCGGGAAGCGAAAUGAAUAUACUAAACACAUUUUAAAGGGCUCCUCACCAGGACUGGGCAUUGCAGUACCAUAUGUGGAUCACGCAGUGACAAUCGUGUUUACAAAGUGUUACGCUGACGUAAGCCAUGAAAAGCAGCUGAAAGUUCAAGGCUUGUUGUUGUGCUAGCUGGUUUGUCAUGUUUGCAAAUGGUGCCAGAGAACACGAAGGACAAGCAAUGAGACCAAUAUAAUCACUUUGUAAUUGUCUCGGUACCCUUGUCUGUCUCCCAUGUUCUCUGGUGCCAUUUUCAGCCUGAAAAUUAGAACAAAAGCCUGCACAAUGUUUGUCUCAAAGGAAACACUUGGCCGGCCUGCCCACGAGAUGCUGUCACUUGUUUGGUGCCUGCAAUGUGCCAAUAUCAAACAGCAGUGCAAAUAACUCGAAAAAAGAAAGAAGGUAGCGAAAAAAUAAAUAGCAGGGGGUUGUCGGUGUGGUGAUAGUGACAAAAAUAAUUGCUGGCUGUCCCAUAAUUGAGAGUAAAUGUAAGCAUAAACAUGGCAACAGGCAAAGCAGACUGGUUAGAGAUGAUACUAGCCACAAUCUUAAAAUGGGUAUAGUGCAUGUUCACAAUGGCACACCCCGCCGCACCACGCCAUGCUGUGCACUGGUCCAUAAGGACGCUGCCCAGCUAGAAGAAGAAAGCCGGCUGAAGGAGGCACGACAAACAGCAAAAGACACCAGGGAGACCGAGCGCACUGCCCAGCUAGUAGAAAAGCGCCUGAAGGAGGUGCAACCAAACUUAUCAGCAAAUCUCAAUUCUUACUUCGUGAUGUUGACUUGACGCAAGAGGUCACGUGCUGGGCUGCCACUGAGCAAAGGGCUGGCUUCAUAACCUAAUGCUUCUUCCUAACGUUUUCCUUCGUUCACGAAAGCAAAGCAGCGCAUCAAACGCUUCCGGUGCCAAGCCGCAGCUCGGCAAGCGUUGCACAUUGAAGCCAAAGCAGCGCUUCCAGACGCAUCCGGCGCCAUGCCACACAGCAGCUCGGCGAGCGCAGUAGAUCUGGAGGAUAUUUGACUUCCCAGAGUUUAAGUGUAUGGUGUUCUGUAUCUGCCUUUUGAAUGCCACUGUCGGAAAUGACAAAUAAAACUUCAGCGUACUAGAAGUUACAGCUUGAGUGAUAUUAUGAACAAGCAUUAGGAAAAACUCUGAAGCACUAUUUUUGUAACUAGUUUGGGAGUAACUAGCGUAUGCAUUGUGCUCCUGUACAAGGGGGGGCAUCUCGUUUUGUUCUUUUUUGAGUGCCCGUAUAACGGCUCUGGCUUUUGGCUCAACGUCACUUGAAGGUCGCCGACAAGAGGAGCUAGCAGCGUUUCAUGCUUAAAAGGAAGUCUGCACUCAAUUUCGAAAUGGAAGAAGGCAGAAGAGGAGUAUAACUUGCAGUUGGUGACUGAGGUAAUGGGAGAGAGAGGCUGUACAGUGGGGGAGAGCAGCUCAACCCCUUAUACUGUGGCUUUUGCAGCAGUUCUCCACCUUCCCCAUUUCAUCUGUUUCUAUUCCUUCUGUCUACUGCUGUAUCCUCUAGAUUGUCGUGGUAGAUUGCUGCACAAGUGACACUUUACAUCUUUGAGUUUAUAACCAAAACUUGCAACAAUGCCUGGUACGGGGCCCCAUGACACAUUUGAAUAUGCCUUAACACCGUAUUAAGAAAUGCAUCUUAACUGAAAAGCCCAGGCUUGAUCUAAAUGACUCCUGGCUUGGACGUGCCGAAGACUAUUAUUGCAUUUCCUUCGGUGCGCUUACGACAGGUGCCAUUUUGAUUAAGGGAAACAUGGGCUUGAAGUUAAGGUACAUUUCUGAAUAUGAUGCAUACUCUUGUAUCUUGUAUGUUUAAAUUCAAAAAUCAACAUUUGUUUUUAUGUAAACGAAAUGUUCGACUUUUUGUAAGGUUCUCAUAGAAUAAAUAUAUUUUUUUGAUCAA